UCACAUUUGACACGUUUGACAUAUUCGACAUAAAAACAUAACCUAAAAAUGUCAAAUUUAACCACAAAUUAUUUAAAUAGUUUAGGAAAAGAUUUAUUAAACGUAGAAAAGUGUCGGGAAUUAUUAAAUGAGCGUAAGAAAAUCGUGGAAAAUACAGAGAAAGCGUUGGAUGUUAAUGAUGAAGAAUCAAAAGUGGGAAAAGUGAUUAAAAUCAUAAAUAACGAUACGAAAAGAUUAGAAAAAUGCCUUAAUAGCUCAGAAAAAUUAAUAACCGACGUUGAUUUGCAUUUGAUUGAAACGAAACGUUUAAGAAGCGACACUCACGAUUACAUCGAUAAAAUCUCGAAUUUAGAAUGUCUUAUACAAUAUAUAAAAAUAAUACAACGAGUGGAAAAAUUAAGUAAAGAAUUAGAAAAAGAAAUGUUAAACGAUGAUGACGAAAAAUGUGCAACAAUUUUUGCAAAUCUCUGCGAUAUAAGCGGUCAUUUGAUGAGUUUGAACGCCCCACAUAUAAAACAACACUUCAAAGAAACUCUGUAUCAUUGGCACGAAGUGUUAAAAGAAAAAUUUUCAAUGAAAUUCGAGGAUAUUUUAAAAAGUUUAAAAUGGCCCUUUGUCAACACCAAUUUCAGUCUACAAACGCCAUCUCCUACAGUUAUACAAAAAUUGCAAAUUAUUGCUGAGUAUUUACUUCAAAUUGAACUUCCUGAAGAAUCGGUUAAACCCAUUAUAACCUCAGCUUUGUUAUCUAAUUUUCCUCCAUUAUCUUUGCCUGUAUAUUAUUUGGUUAGCCCACUUCGUAAAAGAUUUAUAUAUCAUUUUCAUGGAACUAGACAAACUAAUCGUGUUGAUAAACCAGAAUGGUAUUUUACCCAAAUUUUAUCAUGGAUAAGGGAUCACGUUGAUUUUAUCGAAAAAUAUAUUCAACCAAUUGUAGACAAAUUAGGAUUACAUCAUGUAGAUGCAAAAUUAGAAUUUAUGAGAGGUUUGGUUCAAUUAUCCGUUGAAAAGUUACAUUCCGAUUUACCAAACUUACAAUUCGACGAUUUCGUUUUUUCCCACUCAAUCGAUGAAGCUUUAGGUUUCGAAAAAGAGUUGCGAGAAACUUACAAUUACCCACCAACCCAAUCGAGCAUUUUAGCCGUUUUAACCCAACCUCACGUCUUCGUCAAGUGGAAAAACAUGGAAAAAAAAUACGCGACAGAAAAAAUGGAUUUAAUGUUAUCUCCGAAUUCGGCCUUUCAAAACAUCAUUUCCAUCGAAACGGAUGAACAUAAAAUAAAUCAAUGUGCCGAUACUUUCGUAACUUUAUUACAAACAAUUACGGAAAGAUACGAAUUGUUACAACAACCUGGACAUCGAUUGCAAUUUCUUGAAUUACAAUUAGAAUUGUUGGAUGAUUUUCGAGUUCGAUUAUCUCAAUUGACGAAUGCGGAAACGGGAAAUUGCGUUUCAGACUUGAAAAGUCCGAUGAUUGCGAAUACUUUGUAUUAUAUUGAGAAUGUUUUGAUCGAUUGGAGCAACACUUUACACUUUUUAAGUUUGUAUUAUUAUAAAAGUCAAAAAGCUGAAGAUUUCGAUGAUUUUGAAAUUGAAAUGGAAACUAUUUUUACGCCCAUUCUCUCUUUAUACCGUCACAAAAGAUUCGAAAUUCUCUCCAAGUUAGGAGAAAUUGUUUUAGGUGAAGUUAAAACAAGAAGUACAGAAUAUCAGCACGAAAUAUGGUCGAGGAUGAAUCGAGAACAUAAAGAUAUAUUAUUUUUAACUCCUUCGGCUUGUCCAAUGUUUGAAGUUUUAGGAACGCGAUUACAUCAAUUACAAAACGCUCUUUCGCCGAAGUUAUUUAAAUUCGUUUGGCAUUUAAUUGCGAAACAAUUAGAUAAUUAUUUAUACGAGAAUUUAGUGGUGGAUACUCGUUUUAAUAAAGGAGGAGCUUUACAAUUACAACAUGACGUAACGAGGAAUUUAUUUCCGUUAUUUUCACAGUUUUGUGAAAAACCAGAUAAUUUUUUUCCAUUGUUAAAUGAUACGUGCGUUUUAUUAAAUUUAGCAAAUGGGAGCGCUUUACAUCUAAUAGAAAAUUUAGUCAGCUUGGAAGGGGCUACGGGAAUUGAAGAUCAGAGGGGGGCUGCUUUAAAAGAUGUUGGAGUUAUUAGUUUUACUCCAUCGAUGGCUUUGCAGAUUUUAAAUCAACGAGCGGAUAUUACCGUUGAUAGAUUGGCGAUUGAUUAAGAUUAAUAAAUAAAUAAAAUU